AUGGAGGAAGGCGAUGGCGGCGGCGGCGGCGGCGACAGCCUCUUCUCGCUGGAGAUCCUGGUGGAGUCGGCGCGCGUGGAGCCGCGGCUGCUCCCGUCGCCUCUGCCCGCCAGCGGCCCCUUCCGGCCGGCGGUGGCGCUGCGGCUGCUGGACUUCCCCACCCUCCUGGUGCGCGCCCCCCACUGCGGGCCGGGGCCCCUGGUGCCCUUCGGGCGGGGCAAGUCCUGCCUCUUCCGGUUGCGGCCUAGCGCCCUGCGGGGCCUGCUGAGGCGCUCCCCGCUCCACGCGCUGCUCCUGGCGCUGCCCCCCACGGCCGGUCCCGCCCGCCUGCUGGGCUCCUGCAGCGUCUCCCUGGCCGCCGCCGCCGAGGAGCUGCUGCUGGGGGCCGGCCCCGCGGGGCGGAGGGGCCGCUUCCCGCUGCGGGACCUGAUGGGGGAGCCGGUGGGGGAGCUGGGGCUGAGCUACCACCUGAGCAACCUGGGCUCCACCAUGCUGAUGCACAUGAGGGAAGGGGCGGCCGCAGGGGAGCCUUGCACCGAGGAGGGGCGGUGGCAGCGGCCACCGGCCCUGCCGCCUCGCACCCCUCUGGGCACCCAAGGCGAGAGGGGGCUCAGCCUGGAGCUCAUCCCAGAGGCCGAGGAGAACCAAGACCCCGGAAGCGGAAGCGGCAGCCUGUAUUCCUUCAGUAGCUCCCGUACAGAGCCGCAGCUCAGUGACUCCGGCUGCGGGGACACGGCCAGAGAGCUGCAGACAGAGGCCAAUGUCUUCUGCCCCCCGCCGAUGUACUACAACUGCCUGGCUGAAGAUUGCUGCCCUCCACCGAGAGCCUCUGAGCCUCUGAGGGCCGCUGAGCAGCAGGAAUCUUUUCAGAAAGAGGGAAAUACGCUGCCAUCCGCCGUGCCGGUGAACGAGGAGCUUUCAAGAGGGGGCCGGGACAUGUCUCCCUCGCCCCAGACCUCGGUGAACGCUCUGCAGCUCAGGCAAACCUUGAGUCAGCUACCUCUCCUGAACGCUUUGCUGGUGGAGCUGUCCCUGCUGAACAACCAGACCCCUCAACCAGGGCCAUCCUCUGUGCACCCGCAGUUAGCAUGGCUGUACCAAAAUGUAGAAGAAAGCUCCAAAAGCCCACCCCCGUACAUCAAAAGUGCAAGUCCCCCACGAGAGGAUAAGAAAACUCCUCCUCGCAAAGAGAGAGGAAGAUCCCCUACCCUCGUGUUAAGAAGUCGCCCCGAGAACUUAAAAUGUAUGUCUUCAUCCUUCCAGCGAACCUGGACUGGAUUUAAAGCCUCGGUCUAUGAAAGAAAGAGCAGCCCUGAGAAGAAUAGCAAGGAAAACUCUCCCCCAAGAAGCAAGCUUGUUUAUGGGAUGACCAAUACACUCAGGCUUCGGUUGCAGCAGACCAAUCCAAGCAUGUUGAAAGUUCAUGAAAAAAGGGAACAUCGCAGGAAAAAACAAGCAAAUGUGUUCAUAAGAGGCAACAAAUCCUUAGCCAAUAGUAAAAUACUCCGACGUUCUCCUGAGCGUCAUCCAAAGCCUUCUGGCUCUGCACACUCUGAAGAAAGAGUCAUUUCAGACCAAAACAUUCAAUUUAAUGACAAUAUUGAGACUUUAAUACAAUAUAGUGUUGAACAAGAUUGCUGUACCAACAGGAAAGAAGUAAAUUCUGAUGUCCAAAACAGUGUUGUGGGUUGUCACGCGAAGAGCCAUGAAAAUACAAAGGAAAGGUGCCAAUUUAAAAGGUUGGGCUCUGGUUAUAAAAAGAGGAGGUUGAAAGUCCAUCUGCCAAGAGUUUCUUUACAGGAUACAGAUGUUUUAGAAAAUAUAAUAGAUACAGAAGCAGAAAGGUGUGCACAGGACAAGGAUGGCAAGAUUUCAGUGCUACAGAAUCCUAGCCAAAAUAAUGUUGAAAGCUGCUAUGAAUGUGAGAAUUCAGACGAUGUCAGCACGAAGUGUGAGAAUGGGGGCUAUUCAGAAGAUUUUACCAAUGCUGAUAGUUCCAGCUUCGAAGCUCCACUGAGCAGUUCUGAACCUUUACUAGUGAACCCAAAACCAAGCCAUUCUGACACUGUUUCAGAUUCUAAAAUAACUGAAAGAAGUCAGACUUCUGAAAGUAUUUCCUCUCUUAUUCCAGUACCGUCAGCAGUAUCUCCUGUCCAGAGUCUUAAAAAGACCAAUCCUGGUCAGAAAGUUGUCGAUCAGCACAGAUAUAAUGAUGAUGAUUCUCCUCCCACAAGAACCUUAAAGGGGAAACGUUCAGAUCAACAGGCCAAAAAGCAAGAGAGCAAAGAUUUGCAGACUUUUGAGAGUAAACGAGAAAGCUCUGACUUGAACAGCAGGGGAACAAAAGACCAGUCUGUAGAAAAGAGCCUCUCACUAAGGACAUCUCAAGUUAGCUCUUACAUGCCCUCAAACAUGUCUGAUCUUAGUGAGUUAGAAAGCAAUACAUCUUACAAAGAAGAACAAGAUGACUUUGAGAUGCCAGACAUUACCAAUCAGUAUAAACAUGUCAGUGAACUAGUAGUAAACAAACUUCCAGGAUAUACAAUGUAAUUACCAAUAAUAAUAACUGAUCAAAGUUUAAAUGUCUUAACUUUUA